AUGACUCUGGGGAUCUCCAGCGUGGAGGUGGCGGCGGGUCCCGCGGUGGCGUUCGAGGGACACCGGGCGGCGGCGGCGGCGGCGGCGGCGGCGACGGGGGCGGCCUGCGUGGACUCCCGGGAAUUCAGUCUAGCUGCCGGCACAGUCGGCGGUGAGGGUAGGCGGGAGGCGAAGGAGGAGGAGGUGGAGGAAUCACCGAGCUCUUCGAUCGGGUCGGCAGAGGAGAGCUCUCUCUCAUCGUCGCCGUCGGAGGAGGGGGAGGAGGAGGUGCAGAGCAAGGUCACUGAUGGCGCAUUGGGCUCCAUGGACUCCCUCGAGGAGUCCCUUCCCGUCAAGUAAGAACCCACCCUCCUCCCUCGUCUCCUCCAACUGUUCCGAUUUUUUCUUCCUCUCUGCGUCUGGUUUCUGGCCCCGCUGUGAUCGCCUGCAGCGUGGGUUCUUGAUAUCUCCGCUCACUGGCGGCAGUUCGCUUUGGAGUUUGGCUCGCUCCAAACUGGACGCCUCCUCUCUCUCUCUCUCUCUCUCUCUCGCUCUCUCUCAUUCCUUUCCCUCCCGCAGGCGGGGCCUGUCGAAUUGGUUUUCCGGCAAGUCCAAGUCCUUCGCGUGCCUCUCCGAGGCGGCGGCGCUGGGUUCGGCCAAGGACAUGGCCAAGAAGGAGAACCCCUUCAACAAGCGGCGGCGGAUCCUGACGACCUGCAAGGCCUCCUGGCAGCGGCGGGCCUCCUACGCCGCCCUCAACACCUCCGUCCUCCGUGCCCUCCGUGAAGACGGAGUUGACCACGAAGACGACGACGACGACGACGACGACGAAGACGGUGGCGGCGCCGCCUCUCACCCCUUCCAGAGGAAACUCGACGGUGCCUUCCGGUCCCCCCGAUCCUUCUCCCUCACCGAUCUUCAACACGCCGAGCUCGCUUAG